GACAUGUUUGUCGACCGUUUAGUAUCGCAAAUGGAUAUACUGCGAGAACAGAUUGCAAUGUAUGAAGCCCAGUAUAUUGCACAAGUAGAAGAAACGAAAGCAGCACGGAAAACGGUGGCAGAGGCAGCCAUGGAGAUUGAGGCAAUUGGCUAUGAGAAGAAACAACUAAUAGAACAGUGGACCAGUAGCCUAAUUGGGAUGCAGCGACGUGAUGAGGCAUACGCUGCAAUGCAGGAAGCCGUCAGACAAUCAAGGCACAAGUUGGAUACAUUGAAGACUGAAAUGCUUGCCUAUAAUACCUUCAUUAUGAAACAGGAAGAGAAGAAUGAGUUUCUAACAAUUAAUCUGAACAGAUUGACAAAUGAUGUUAAUAUGACCCAGAAAAUGAUAGCGCAGAACUUAGCGAAGCAGGAAGCAUUAAAACAUGAAUAUAGCACCUACACUCGGACACUACAUGAAACAGAACGUUUGCUCAACAAAGCUUCAUUAGACAAGAACAUUCGCCAAAGUGAGAUAAAAGUACUACAGCUACAAAUAGAAAAGGAAUAUACAACAAAGGUUAAACUGGAAGAUGAAAUUAUGGCAAAAUUGGAAAGUGAGUUGACAAUGAAUCAGGCAACAAAUUACUUGAAACGUUUGGGUGACAAGCUUCGAAUCCAGAAACGACAGUUGGAAAUCGAUUAUGCAAAAACAGAAAAUGAAUAUGCUCAAAUAAAUCUGGAAAUUAAUGACCGGACAGCAGAACUGACCAGGUUGCAGAAAACUCUACAAGAACAGUACAAUGAAUUGAAUGAGAAAAACAGAGUUAUUUCAUUAAGCGAGAAAGAAAUUGCUAAACGACUGCUUGCCAUUCAAAAUAAACAGUCGGUGCUUAACAUACACAACAAGAGGAUUGCACAACUGAUAGCAGAGAUGGGU